CUGCUUCCGUUAAAAGCGUUCAUUGGACUGUUUAAUCAAUAACAGAGUAUUUGGUUGGGCUAUAUUGCGACUGUAUGGUAUCCCAGCAUAUACAUGAUUUAUAUUAGCAAAUCAAGACCCUCUUAAAUACACUGUAAAUUGUUUUUUUGUUGAUAAAAUCUUAUAGAAGUGCGGUUGUUGGCGACCCGGUUCUCUGGGUUGUGCUGGGGUUGAUUGAGCGGCCUGGCGGAGGAGCGGGGCUGUGAGUGUGCGCGGAGGGAGCGGAGCGAGGGGCGCUGCUGUGUUUAUUAGUUAGCGGAAUAUUCUGAUAGAUAAUCGCUAUGGUUUAUUAAACUGCUGCUCCUGAAGGAGGAUUUAGGAGUUUUUACAUGUUGUAGCGCUUGGUGGCUUUGGUUUAACUCCUAUAUCACACAGCCUUGUUGUUAAAUUUGGUAGGUUUUUGCCUAGCAAGCUACGUGUAGCGUUUAGCCAGUUAGCAGGAGCUGCAGGGCUGUGUAUGGGGGAGACUGUAAGUGCUGUAAGUUUGUUAAAAAGCACAAGAAAAGAGAUUAAACAUGCAGGAAUUAAUCGCCAACGUUGAUCACCUCAAGUUUGAUCUGGAGAUCGCUGUGGAGCAGCAGCUCGGCGCUCAGCCCUUACCGUUUCCAGGGAUGGACAAGUCCGGUGCCGCUGUGUGUGAAUUUUUCAUGAAAGCUGCUUGUCUGAAAGGUGGAAUGUGUCCUUUUCGGCACAUCAGUGGAGAAAAGACAGUUGUGUGUAAACACUGGCUGCGAGGUUUAUGCAAGAAAGGGGACCAGUGUGAAUUUUUACAUGAGUAUGACAUGACGAAGAUGCCAGAGUGCUAUUUCUACUCCAAAUUUGGUGAGUGCAGUAAUAAAGAAUGCCCCUUCUUGCACAUUGACCCAGAAUCUAAGAUUAAAGACUGUCCAUGGUAUGAUCGGGGAUUCUGCAAACAUGGUCCGGAUUGUCGACACAGACACACAAGAAGGGUCAUCUGUGUCAAUUACCUAGUAGGCUUUUGUCCUGAGGGCAAAGGGUGCAAAUUUAUGCACCCUCGUUUUGAGCUGCCUAUGGGUACGACUGAGCAGCCACCACUACCUCAACAGUCUCAGACUCAGCAGAAGAACAUGCCGAAUAUGAACAGAUCAUCGUUAUCACUCAUCCAGUUAACCAACUCCAACAACAACCCCAAUUUCCAUCAAAAAAUGCCUUACAUGCAUGGGCCAUCACAGAAUCAGAACCACAUGGGUGGCUCCCGCGGCCCUCGACCUCUGGACCAAGUUACAUGUUACAAGUGUGGGGAGAAGGGGCAUUAUGCCAACAAAUGCACAAAAGGACACCUGGCAUUUCUCAGUGGACAGUAGUAUUCAUCUGCAGCUGCUGGAAUUUCCUCUCACAAGUGCUAUGAGGAUUGGAACGACAGCUUUUUGCUGGAAAGCUUUUGGAGGGUACUUCAGUUUACACUCCUUACCAGGAACACGUGCACUGAGUGACUCUCUAAGAGGGCAGAUAAUCUCAGCAGGUAGAAUUCAGUGAAUAAUAAAGACCAUCUGAUUUGAUUCAUGCAAACAAAUCUUUCUGAUUUCAUUCUGAGUUCACUAUUAUUAUAUAUUGAGGGGAAACGCCUAUUUUAGGGUGACCAGUAAAAUUUGCAUUAUAAAAUAAAAAUAUCAUGGGGCUGUAGAAAGCACAUCCCUUACUGUGGUGUUUUCUUUUUCAUUGAUAUCUCUUUUAAUAGUGUGAAUUCAAGUCUCAGUCAUUCUUUUGGGAAAUUCCACCUAAUCUAAUCUGAAUUGCUUAAUCUGAAUUAGAUGUGUUGCGUGGAUUACAUGUCUAAGGCUAGACAUGUGGCUAUCCCACUAAUGGAUAGCACGCACUGCUACACACUGGCCUUUUUUGAUCGCAUCUUUGAGAAUCAGUUUCUGGACUUGAACGUCCAAGUCACAAUACGUUUUUUGAAAAUUACCUAAGAGUCUGUUGUGAGCCUUCUUUCAAAGAGAUGAGUCUCUUUUCUGGAUCCAGGUGGAUUUUGAUUAUGGAGUAUAGAGUAGUUUUGUUGAUGCAUUUUGUACUUUCUGGUUAAUAAAGAUCAUAAGAAAUAA